GUCACCCGUCGCUAAACAUCAAAGAAGAACGAAUCCCGUGUCCGCCAUUUGCUCUAUUUGCGUUUCUCUUUCUGUUUUUCCUCCUUUUCUCUUUGGAUUCAACUCAUACUCGAUCCACCUGUGCCACACCUGAGCACGAGGCAGUUGACACGUCGUGGCGGCGGUGAUGGCGGCGGCUGACCGGCGCGAGGACAAAGACGGAGAGCUGAACGUUCUGGAAGAUCUUCUGACUGAAGCUCCUGAUCAAGAUGAUGAGCUGUACAACCCUGAGAGCGAGCGUGACGUCAGCGACAAAAAAGGAACAAAGAGAAAGAGUGAGCGCUCUGACAGCCAUGACCUGAAGAGACUCCGGCCAUCAGCAAGUCAUGCCCCCUCUAGGUCAUCCUCCAACAAGAGAGCGCCUGGUCCACCUCUCUCCUCAUCUAAGAAGGCAGCACCAAGCCCGCGGGGCAGACACUCCACCAGCUCCAGCUACCGUCACGAAUAUUAUGAUGAGCGAAAGGGUCGCAGAGGGACGCGAGACGCUCCGCCCAGGAGCCGCAUGAGAGAGGAUGCACGUCACCGUGACUCUCAGAGAGGCCUGGAGGGUCUGCCUCAGAAGUUAAGGCGCGACGAGCGUCGUCCAAGUCCCACCCCUCACCAGGAGGACAACCAAUCAGAGGGGGAUGCAACAGAAGAGUAUGGCUCAGAGCAGGGAUCAGGAAGCUCUUCCCCCGCUGGUUCACAUGUAGAGGAGGAGGAAGAGGAGGACGACGACGAAGAGGAAGAGGGCAUGGAGGAAGAAGAGGAGGAGGAGGAGGAAGAAGGCGAGAAGGAGGAAGAGGAAGAAGAGGAGGAGGAGUACGAGCGUCGUGGCGAAGGAAAUGACUACGACACUCGCAGCGAGGCCGGAGAUUCACGCUCCGCCUCCUCGGUCAGUUUCUCAGACGAUGGCGAGUCGGCUCACUCGGGCUCCGCUUCAGAUGCUUCAGGUUCAGAGAAGAAGCAUGAGAAGUUAUCUUCAUCAGUGCGAGCCGUUCGCAAAGGGAUGGAGAAUCCGACCACUAAGCUGCGCUACAUCCUGCGAGAAGCUCGAUUCUUCCUCAUAAAGAGCAACAACCAUGAGAAUGUGUCCUUGGCAAAAGCCAAGGGCGUGUGGUCAACACUUCCAGUGAAUGAGAAGAAGCUGAACGCAGCUUUCCGCUCAGCUCGUAGUGUCAUCCUGGUCUUUUCAGUGAGGGAGAGCGGCAAAUUUCAAGGGUUUGCUCGCCUGGCAUCAGAGUCUCAUCAUGGCGGAUCUCCAAUUCACUGGGUUCUUCCUGCCGGCAUGAACGCCAAGAUGCUGGGCGGAGUCUUUAAGAUCGAUUGGCUCUGCAGGAGGGAACUUCCCUUCACAAAGACGUCCCACCUGGCGAAUCCCUGGAACGAACACAAGCCGGUGAAGAUCGGCCGUGACGGACAGGAGAUCCAACCAGAUGUCGGCGCACAGCUCUGCACCCUGUUCCCCUUGGAUGAAAGCGUGGACGUCCACCAGGUAGCUCGCCGCGUUCGUCACAAACGUCGGACGCCAUCGGAACCACGGCCCCGAGGCCGACCACCGCAACGCGAACCGGGAAGGCGUCGACCUGAAGAGUACGACCUCCAUGGCAGGAAGCGGCCGAGAGCUGAUGGACCACCGGACUUCAACCAGCGCGCAGGCUUCAUCCAGGACCUCCGUAACCAGCCAGUGGACAGGCGAUUCUCCAGCGUCAGACGAGAUGUUUUUCUCAAUGGGUCGUACGACUACAUGCGGGACUAUCACCACAGCGUCGGCCCUCCUGCUCCCUGGCAGACUCUGGCGGCGUACCCUGGUGUAGAGCAGCCGCCCCCGCACCACCCCCCCUACUACCACCACAACCACCCGCCUCCCCCUCCUCACCAGCCGUACCACCACCACCACCCAGCCAUGCCGCCACACGAGGCUCCGCCCCCUCGCUUCCGAGACAAGCAGAGGGUGCUACAGCACAGAGCCUUCGCCUCCAGCCCACAUGACUAUGACAUGCGUGUGGACGACUUCCUGCGGCGGACACAGGCAGUGGUGAGCAGCCGACGUGAGCGCGAGCGACAGCGGGAGAGAGAGCGCGGCGGCCCACGGCGCGAGAGAGAAAGAGAGCGACCGAGGGAGAGGGAGCGGGAGAGAGAGAGGGACAAAGAAAGGGGGCGGUAUCGCAGGUGAUGUGCUGGUGUCACAUCCUGUCAGUGUUUCUUGUUUUUUUGUUUAUUUGGAAUAAAACAAUGAGCAGUGUCAGUUUUUAUGUGAAUCAAAUCUCAAAACAAAGAACUGUUAUUUUGAAAAAUCCUGUCACACAUCCACACUUGUUUUAUUGUGAAAGGUUGGAUGACGUUUCCUGUAAAGUCCUUCAGAUUAAUUUUUUUAAUUUCAUUUAUUUAUUUUUCGUUUUUUUUGUCUUUUUUUUAAACUGCAACUUUUGUUUCAUUUCCUGUUUUCAGUCCACCGUUGCCUCCUGCUGGAUGUUUUUAGAAAGUCUUUGUGAUUGGUCACCACCAUGACAAUCACUGGUGUGAGGUGAUCUUUGAUUCUGUUUUAUUGAACAGUGGUCAGCUCAAAUGUGACGUUUAUUGUUUUCCGUUUGUGGACGGAGGAGGCGGAGCCUGUGCUUGUUUUGUACAAAA